UUUUGUCCCUCGGCGGACACCGUUGCCAGCCAAAGCUAUGUCUCCGCGCUUGCCGCCUUCGUAGGGUGCCGAAUUGUACCUUUUUUCCACGCGUGCCAUGGCGAGCCGAGGGGCUCGUCAGCGCCUGAAGGGGAGCGGGGGCAGCGGCGGGGACACAGUCUCGGCCGCGGACAAGCUGCGGGAGCUGCUGUGCAGCCGUGAGGCGAGCGGCGCGGAGCCCCGGACCGAGUUAUCUGGGAACAAAGCAGGACAAGUCUGGGCACCUGAAGGAUCUACUGCUUUCAAGUGUCUGCUCUCCGCAAGGUUAUGUGCUGCUCUCCUGAGCAACAUCUCUGACUGUGAUGAAACAUUCAACUACUGGGAACCAACACACUACCUCAUCUAUGGGAAGGGGUUUCAGACUUGGGAAUAUUCCCCAGUUUAUGCAAUUCGUUCCUAUGCUUACCUGUUGCUUCAUGCCUGGCCAGCUGCAUUUCACGCAAGAAUUCUACAAACUAAUAAGAUUCUUGUCUUCUACUUUUUACGAUGUCUCCUGGCUUUUGUGAGCUGUAUCUGUGAACUUUACUUCUACAAGGCUGUGUGCAAGAAGUUUGGGCUGCAUGUGAGUCGAAUGAUGCUAGCCUUCUUGGUUCUUAGCACUGGCAUGUUUUGCUCCUCAUCAGCAUUCCUUCCUAGCAGCUUCUGUAUGUAUACCACGUUGGUAGCCAUGACUGGCUGGUAUAUGGACAAGACUUCCGUUGCUGUGCUUGGAGUAGCCGCUGGGGCUAUCUUAGGCUGGCCAUUCAGUGCCGCUCUUGGUUUACCCAUUGCCUUUGAUUUGCUGGUCGUGAAACACCGGUGGAAGAGUUUCUUUCAUUGGUUUCUGGUGGCCCUAAUACUCUUUCUGGUGCCUGUGGUGGUCAUUGACAGCUACUACUAUGGGAAGCUGGUUGUUGCACCACUGAACAUCGUCUUGUACAAUGUCUUUACUCCUCAUGGACCUGAUCUUUAUGUUCAGAAUUUAGGCCACCCAUAUUGGCUUACCUUGGCUCCAAUGUAUAUUUGGUUUAUAAUUUUCUUCAUCCAGCCUCACAAAGAGGAGAGAUUUCUUUUCCCUGUAUAUCCACUUAUAUGUCUCUGUGGUGCUGUGGCCCUCUCUGCACUUCAGGUGAGUUUCAGGGAAACGCAUAUCUUCUUCGUUCCAUUUCACUUUCUAAAUUGGUCAAGAAGCUUAAAGGCAUAUUACAGAAUGCUUCCCCCAAGAUAUUUUAUCCAUGCGUUAAACUUGAUACAGAUCAUAUUAUUAAAGCUUUAUGUAUUGAUUGCUUGGCUGUUGAUCAUACUCUUAAGCUGGUUACAUAUUUGCACUGUUAAUUUGUGUGUUAAUUUCUUUCUAUUGCCAACAAGAAUCCACUUGAUCAUGUUUGUAAUUGCUGAUAGAAGCAUUUUUAUCAUGGCUGCUUUUGGAUCUUUGUUAGAUAAUUCUGAUAACUUUAUUAUCUCUGUCUUGGCAUCUGUUGUCAUUUGUCAUCUGACCUCCUCUGACCUAAUGCUGGUGGAGGAAAAGGAGUUUGCCUUGUCACUGCCAGAUGGAGUUAGAAGUCCAGGUUCCCUUCUUGGUCUCCAUGGAUACCUGGGGAUUGACAUCAGUAAAUGCCAUUAUUUAGUGGAUUUGGACACCAUGAGAGAAACACCCCGGGAGCCGAAAUAUUCAUCAAAUAGAGAAGAAUGGAUCAGCUUGGCCUACAGACCAUUCCUUGAUGCUUCUAGAUCUUCAAGGUUGCUCCGGGCAUUCUAUGUCCCCUUCCUGUCAGAUCAGUAUACAGCAUAUGCAAACUAUACCAUCCUCAAACCCCGGAAAGCAAAGCAAAUCAGGAAGAAAAGUGGAGGUUAGCAACACGCCUGUGGCCCCAAAGGACGACCAUCCAGUUAACUAGUGAUUGCACUGACAGGACUCCCUCCAACUCCUCAUUUGUAACAUUUGUAAUAAAGGCUGUCUCACACGGA